UGAUUUUGACUACUUUGACACGUGUUUUUCUGAAAAAAAGUGUUUAAAAAAGGUUACAAAAUGGAUUCGAAAAACAAAGUGGCGUACUUAGUGACAGAUACGAGUGCAUUUAUAAAAAAUGCUGCCUUGCAGGAAAUUGGUGAAAAUAUUAUUACUGAGCCGUCUGUCAUAAAUGAAAUUACGAGUAAAAGGCAAUUACGAAGACUGGUUGUUCUGCCUUAUGACCUGAAUAUUCAAGAAGCUUUUCCGGAAAAUAUCAAAUUUGUGACAGAUUUUGCAAAAAAGACUGGAGACUAUCCAAGUCUUUCUGCCACUGAUAUAAAAGUGAUAGCAUUGACUUAUCAACUUGAAAAGGAAAAAGUAGGAACCGAUCAUUUAAAAACUGUUCCGGAAAUAGUUAAAACAAUCAACGAUCCCGAGGCACAACCAAAUCAUCCAAAAUGUCUCGCUGGUUUUUAUCUACCCAAAAAAAGUGAAGAGGAAUGCGUGAAAAGAUUGAGUAGAAGAGCUGCGGAAGUAGAAAGGUUACUCGAGAAAUUGAAACGUACCGGAAGACUAGAGGCAGCUGAUUUUACCGAUGAGGAACCAAAUGAGGAAGAACCUCCCGCUGAUGAAUUUAGCGAAAGUUCCUCAGAGUCGAAUUAUGACACGGCGACUUCUGAUUUAGAAAAUAAUGAUGCCGAUUUGUCUGUUAAGUUUGAAAAAUUGAAAUGCGAAGGGGAAGAUUCAGAGGAAAGUUACAAUGUGGACGAUAUUCUCCGUCCCGUAAAUCCCGAAGAAGGUUUGGCAUAUGAUUCCGGAAAUGAGGCUGAGGAAGAAAAUAGUGACGAGGAUGAUGAUGAUGAAGGAUGGAUUACUCCUGGAAAUAUAACAGCGAUAAAAAAACAAAUGGACUCGGAAAUAAUAGACGAAAAACCAGCGACUGUAGCUUGUCUAACUAUGGAUUUUGCGAUGCAAAAUGUACUGAUGCAAAUUGGAUUAAAUAUCUCUUCCCUGGAUGGAAAAGUAAUCAAACAGAUGCGAACUUUUAUUUUGAGAUGUUACGCCUGUUUCAAAACGACUGGAAUAAUGACAAAAGUUUUCUGUCCUCACUGUGGCAACAAAACACUGAAAAAAGUCUCGAUUUCUAUCGACGAAAAUGGAAAACAACAUAUGCAUAUUAAUUUUAGAAAGCCACUUUCAGCCAAAGGAAAAAAGUUUUCCUUGCCGACUCCUCAAGGCGGAAAGCACGCGAACAAUCCGAUUUUGUGUGAAGAUCAGCCAAGACCAGAUCAACGACCCUCGAGAUUAGCUCGAAUGAAAAAUGACCCACUGAAGGAUGAAUAUAUCGCUGGAUAUUCACCUUUUGUUACCCGGGAUGUAAAUUCGAGGUCCGCAAUUUUGGGCGUUCGAACUGGAGGUGAAUUUAAACACUGGAUGAAAAGAAAUCCCAACGAGUGCAGAAGAAGACGAAAGUAAUUUAGAAAUUACAG